GGCGCCGCGCGCCCCUGCGAGCCCCGGGCCCCGCCAUGGGCGCCGGAGCCGCGAUGACCGCGGGCGUCCUCGUCUUGCUUGGAUCCCUUAGCACCAUCACAGCUCAACCAGAGCAGAAAGCCCCAAAUCUCAUAGGCACAUACCGCCAUGUUGACCGUGCCACGGGCCAGGUGCUAACCUGUGACAAGUGUCCAGCAGGAACCUAUGUCUCCGAGCAUUGUACCAACACGAGCCUGCGUGUGUGCACCAGUUGUCCUCCGGGGACUUUUACCAGGCAUGAGAAUGGCAUCGAGAAAUGCCAUGACUGUAGCCAGCCAUGCCCACGGCUGAUGGUUGAGAAAUUACCUUGUGCUGCCUUGACUGACCGAGAAUGCACUUGCCCACCCGGCAUGUUCCAAUCGAAUGGCACCUGCGCCCCCCACACCGUGUGUCCUGUGGGUUGGGGCGUGCGGAAGAAAGGGACAGAGAAUGAGGAUGUGCGGUGUAAGCAGUGUGCCCGGGGUACCUUCUCCGAUGUGCCUUCCACCGUGAUGAAAUGUAAAGCACACACAGACUGCCUGAGUCAGAACCUGGUGGUGGUCAAGCCGGGGACCAAGGAGGCAGACAACGUCUGUGGCCCACGCCCGUCCUUCUCCAGCCCAGCCCCCCCCUCUCCUGACACAGCCAUCUUUUCACGCUCGGGGCAUGGGGCUUCCCAUGAAGUCAUUUCCUCCACGUACGCGCCCAAAGGCAUGAACUCAACAGACUCCAACUCUUCUGCCUCCGUUAGACCAAAGGUACCAAGUGGCAUCCAGGAAGGGACAGUCCCUGACAACAGGAGCUCAGCCAGCAGGGAGGAAGGCGGGAACCAGACCCUCCCUGCCCUUCAGGUGGUCACUCGUCAGCAAGGCCCCCACCACAGACACAUUCUGAAGCUGUUGCCGUCCAUGGAGGCCACCGGGGGGGAGAAGUCCAGCACUCCCAUCAAGGGCCCCGCGAGGGGCCACCCCAGGCAGAACCUCCACAGGCACUUUGACAUCAACGAGCACCUGCCCUGGAUGAUCGUGCUUUUCCUGCUGCUGGUGCUCGUGGUGAUCGUGGUGUGCAGUGUCCGGAAAAGCUCCAGGACUCUGAAAAAGGGGCCCCGGCAGGACCCCAGUGCCAUUGUGGAAAAGGCCGGGCUGAAGAAAUCUGUGACUCCAACCCAGAACCGGGAGAAGUGGAUCUAUUACUGCAACGGCCACGGUAUUGACAUCCUGAAGCUGGUGGCAGCCCAGGUGGGAAGCCAGUGGAAGGAUAUCUAUCAGUUUCUUUGCAAUGCCAGCGAGAGGGAGGUGGCCGCUUUCUCCAAUGGCUACACCGCGGACCACGAGCGGGCCUACGCGGCCCUGCAGCACUGGACCAUCCGGGGCCCCGAGGCCAGCCUCGCCCAGCUCAUCAGCGCCCUACGUCAGCACCGGCGCAACGACGUCGUGGAGAAGAUCCGAGGGCUCAUGGAAGACACCACCCAGUUGGAAACAGACAAACUGGCUCUCCCAAUGAGCCCUGGGCCGCUGAGCCCGAGCCCCAUCCCCAGUCCCAAUACGAAACUUGAGAACUCCGCUCUCCUGACCGUGGAGCCCUCCCCGUUGGACAAGAACAAGGGGUUCUUCGUGGACGAGUCCGAGCCCCUUCUGCGCUGUGACUCCACGUCCAGCGGCUCCUCGGCACUCAGCAGGACCGGCUCCUUUAUUACCAAAGAAAAGAAGGACACAGUGUUGCGGCAGGUACGGCUGGACCCCUGUGACCUGCAGCCGAUCUUCGAUGACAUGCUCCACCUCCUGAACCCCGAGGAGCUGCGCACCAUUGAAGAGAUCCCUCAGGCUGAGGACAAACUGGACCGGCUCUUCGAGAUCAUUGGAGUCAAGAGUCAAGAAGCCAGUCAGACCCUCCUGGAUUCCGUGUAUAGCCAUCUUCCUGAUCUGUUGUAGAGCACACAGACACUGCAUUCUGGAAAUCAACUUAGUGGCAGGGUGGUUUUCUUUUGUUUCUUCCCCCUCCUCUCCCCGCCUCCCCCCUUCAAAUGUGUGUUUGCGUGUGUGUGUGUGUG